CUAUUCCAAUUCCACCUCCCCGUCCAACUGAAACCCCCAUCGCCACGCCACCACACACCUGACACCUCCGCCGCGCCCGCGCCGUCUACCAUUCCGGCGUCCAGCACCUCCCUAGUCGGCUAGUCCCUCCCCGCCGCCGCUACCGUCACGCCUCCUCCCUUGCCCCCACCACGCAAGUCCCAACCAUCUCCUCCGUCCUAUAUAUCUGCCACCUCGCCCCAGGCACACACCUGACACCACAAACUACCUGCCGACAAGAUGGCCUCCGCCUCCCCGUCCGCGUCUGCGUCGUCCGAGCCUGCUGCGGCGCCCGAGGUUGAUGCUCCAGCUGCCGCCCUGCCGGCCGAGGGCCCCACGGAGAUCGCCUUCUUCGACGUCGAGACCUCGGUGCCGCAGCGCGCGGGCCAGGGCUACGCGCUGCUCGAGUUCGGCGCCAUCCUCGUCUGCCCGCGCAGGCUCGUCGAGGUCGCCUCCUACGCCACGCUCGUCCGCCCCGCCGACCCGGCCUCUGCCGUCUCGGCGGCCUCCGUGCGCUGCAACGGCAUCACACGGGACGCCGUGUCCGCGGCGCCGCCCUUCCGCGACGUCGCCGAUGCCGUCUACGACCUCCUCAACGGGCGGGUCUGGGCAGGGCACAACAUUGUGAGGUUUGAUUCUGCAAGAAUAAGGGAGGCGUUCACUGAGAUUGGUCGCUCACCUCCUCAGCCCAAGGGGAUGAUUGACACCUUGCCUCUGCUUACCCAACGCUUUGGGAGGAGGGCAGGGGACAUGAAGAUGGCAAGCUUGGCAAAUUACUUUGGACUAGGGAAGCAAAGACACAGGAGUCUUGAUGAUGUUAGAAUGAACCUUGAAGUUCUCAAAUACUGUGCUACAGUUCUGUUCCUGGAGGCAAGUCUUCCAGAGGUGCUUACUGUUGAGAAUCUGGUUGAACGUGCAAUGACAAGGAGCCGAGCUAAUGGAACUGCAUCCCCUGAUUUGCCAAAACCUGAAGCGAACUCUCCACCGGAUUCCUCAAAAAGGCAACGGACAGUCUCUCCAGUUGACUGUGUGAUGCCUGCGGAAGGUAAUCAAGGAACAAGUGAUCCUUCUACCAACAGGGAAUCUGUUGAGUUGGUAUCCCACAUUGAAGAAAUGAAGCUAAAUACCACCACACAUGUGGAUGCAAGUUCUAGUGGUUAUCCUGGAUUUCUUGAGCCAGACGAUGUUUCCAUUGAGUGUAUUAAAAUUUCAGUUGCUCCAUUACACCAAUUUGGCAGAAGGUCAUCUAUCCAGCACAGAGAUUGUCCACUGCAGCUUUGUUGUGCAGGCUUGAAAGUACAGUUUGGUGUCAGCACGAAGUUUCUAGAUAAUGCAGGGCGGCCAAAGAUGAGCAUAGUGGUUGAGAUCCCUGAGAACCUCUGUAAAGUUUUGGAAUUCUGCGAUGUUCUUGCUAGAAAGCUGUCCCAGGAAUCUGGUAGCAGUUCUGAAUGGAGACCCCUGAUUAAGAAGUAUGGAUACAUUAAUCGUCCAACUAUCCGUCUGAACAUCCCUCCUAUUUCCAACAGCGAUGCGGUGGCCUUCUCAACUGAUAUAUGCCAGAGAGAGCCUAGUGGUAACAUUCAGAAGCUUGCUUUCGGCAAUGUGGGCGCCACGGAAUUGGACUCUCUGUUCGUUAAAGGGAGCAAGGUGGACGCAUUUUUUUCACUGGAGUUAUACGAUUACCAGCAAAAUGCUGGCAUUCGGCUGGUUGCAAAGAGGCUGGUUAUACACUCGAAUUAGCACCAGGCUCAUUUAUUAAAAUACUAGUACUAGAAACUAACCCUUGCACUGAUUCAGGGGCCUUUAGACCACCAUAUGUAUUUAACCAAUUGUAGUUUGUAGAUUAUGCCGAGUGCGUAAGAUCUCGCCACAAGGAGGUAUUGAGCUGUUGAUGGUAAAUUAAAAUUGAAAUGUUGCAAAAUGUUUUAACAAUCUGUGCUAUUUAUUUGUGAAUAGAAUGCACAUUUGUUGCUACUACA